UGACUGACGUUUGUUUCCUUUCAUUACUUUUAAUACUUUUGAGUUUUGUUCAUCAUUUAUUGUUCUAAAUUGAAUGUUUGCGAUGUUUUUACUUAUUUAAUUCAAUCAAAUGCCUUGAAAGUGUUAAUGUAUCGUACAACAUUAUUAAACAGUUGUUUAUUCCUUUAGCUAAGCGUAAACAUGAGUUUACAAGGACCGACUGUCGGUCACGACAUAAACAAUGUAGAUUUAUCCAAAAUAGCUGGGUUGCAGCAGAAGAGAACUUUGGCGUUUGUUAAUCAUUUCCUCGUAACUACUGUACAGUUUUUGAAUAAGUUUACAAAGGAUUGUGAAGAAAAGCUAAUGAAUUUUGAAUUGAAACUUGAAAAAGUUAAUGCUACCAUGGUCUUGUUGGAAGCUAAGCUAUCAUCAAUUCCCGAAGUAAGCAUUCAGUCACAAUGUAAGACAGAGGACCCUCAACAAGAUACAAAUGCAGGUAAACCAGAUCAUAUACCAGUAGAUAGUACAGAGCCGUCACAAAAUACAAACCCAGAAACAUCUGAAGGCAGUGAUACUACAGCAACAAAAGAAGUUGGCAUGGAGGAAGCUUCCGUAGCUCCUGAGUACAUGAGGUUUGUAAAAAUGGUACAGGUUGGAGUGCCUCUUCAGGCAGUAAAACUGAAAUUAACAAUGGAAGGCUUAGACCCCAAUGUAUUUGAUAGAGUAAUGAACAAAUAAAAUAAAUAGGCUUAUUUAAAUAUAUUUUAUGAACUAAGUUAUGUCAGAACAAUAUUUUCAUAAUGGUGAUGUAAAUACCUAAUCAAAUGCUAAACACAUAUGUACAAAAUGAAAUAAAUUUAUUUAUAUGCAAAUGAAAAA